CUGCCGGUGAAAGCCACCAGAGAAGAAGAAGGAGGACUUUUCCACAACAAAGAUUUUAGUUUUCUAUUUGUUUAUCUUUUCUUCCAGGAGGUUGAUGGACUUGUCCAGCCGGCUGCAGGUGUGGAGGGAGCUGGCGGAGAGCUGCGUCCUGGUGACGGUGGAGCAGAGCCUCCUGCAGGUGUGGAGGCUGCUGCUGCUCUGCAUCGUCCUCAGAGGCGUCUUCAGACUCGGAAUCCCGGCGUGGGUGAAGCACGCAGCGUCAGCGGGGGCCGGGACGCUGGGCCUCUUCCUGUUCUUCCAGACGUCGCUGCUCUGGAUGCUGCUGCUCUGUUUGCUCUGCUACCUGGUUCUGCUGCUCUGCAGGAACUCAGGCAGCCGGGGACUCUUCACCUCGGCCGUAGUCCUCCUCUACCUCCUCAUUGGAGAGUUGCACCUGAUUGACGUCGUCACCUGGCAUAAGAUUAGAGGCUCCCAGAUGGUGGUCUCCAUGAAGGUCAUCUCUUUGGCCUUUGACCUUGACCGGGGCUCGGUGGGCCGCCUGCCCUCUCCCCUGGAGUUCCUGGGCUACGUCCUGUUCGUGGGGACGGCCGUGUUCGGACCCUGGACCAGCUUCUCCAGCUACCAGAGCGCCGUGGGCGGGGCCAGGCUGACCUGGUCCUGGGUCCUCCGGUCCUCCUCCAGCAUCCUGAAGAGCCAGGUGUGUCUGCUGGUGUCCACCUGCGUGGCUCCGUACCUGUUCCCCUUCUUCAUCCCCGUCUACGGAACCGCAGCCACCCACAAGUGGCUGCACGCCUACGAGACGGCCGUGUCCUUCCACUUCAGCAACUACUUCGUGGGUCACCUGAGUGAAGGGACCUGCAUGCUGGCGGGGGCCGGAUUCACCGAGGAGAAGGACCACGUCACAUGGGACCUGCGGGUGGUGGAUCCCCUCAGCGUGGAAGUUCCUCGCUCCAUGGUCCUGGUGGUCACGUCCUGGAACAUCCCCAUGUCCCGCUGGCUCAAGACCUACGUCUUCAGAAACGCUGUGAAGCUGGGAACCUUCGCUGCCAUCCUGGUGACCUACUCAGCCAGCGCCCUGCUGCACGGUCUCAGCUUCCACCUGGGGGCCGUGCUUCUGUCUCUGGGCCUCAUCUCGUACGUGGAACACGCGGCGAGGAAGCGACUGGCCGACGUGUUCAGCGCCUGCAUCCAGUCCAGACCCUGCAGCCCCGGAUGCAGCCACCGGCACCGGCAGGGUUUGUGGGUGAUGCUGGUGAACCUGGUCUUCGGUCUUCUGGUGGUCUUCCAUCUCACCUACCUGGGCUCCAUGUUCGAUCCUGGGACCAACGAGCAGGAAGUUGAGGAGGGCUACGCCGCCGUCCACACCAUCCAGAGGUGGCAGGAGCUGGACUGGGCCGGACACUGGCUGCUACUGGCCUCCUGGCUCUUCUACCGCCUGAUCCAGUGACGCCGCCGCCGCAGGACACCCUUCUCCAGAACCCAGGGGAGUCUCACAGGUCUGGACCUGGACCAGGAGGGACUGGACUCCUCAGACCGGACUGGAACCUGGAACUGGUUCUGUCCAGUGACGGGGGAGAAAACUACCCAGAAGACCUCCUGACCCCGGUUGUAUCUCCACAUGUUGGACGUCAGGAAACUGGACUUGGUUCUGCCAGAACUCUGACGGUUGACUGUAAAUAAAAGUUGUGAUUAUCUGACUGACAGAAACUGAGGCGUGGAGGUCGAAGGCUGAAACGUGAUGAACAAGGGACCAGCAGCAGAUUGUUGUUUUUAUGGUGAUUAAAAUUCAUUUUUGCAGAAAUUCUUGCCACAUUUG